UUCUGAGGCCCAGAAUCUCCGCCGUUGGUUGCAGGAGACAUAAUUGUGGACACGGUAAUUCACGUAAUUAUGAGUUUUUCUUCGUACAUAAACUCCCGAACUUUCACAGUUUGGAGAUCCUAAAACUCGUGUGUCAACUGGGCAAGUAGGAUCAGACACUGACGAAUCAUCCAGGAUUUGGGUCUCAUUCAUCUUUUGAAACUUUGCUCAGGCAACUUGGCAUGGGAGUUGUGACUGUUUCCAGCUCAGCUGCUCGAACUCCGCUUGGUUUGAGUGCGAAAUUCUCAGCUCAACGCUCUACUUUGAAAAUACCAUUGAUAGUAGCUUUUAAAGCAGAUAAAUCCAAUAGCACUGCAUUGGUGGCACCACAGGAUCAGAUCCCUUUACCCAUAGAAACCAGUAAGGAUAGACGGAAGAGACGAGGAAAAGCUAACAAACCUUUGAGAAGAGUAAAAGCUGUCAUUACAGAUGAAGCUUCUCCGAGUACCACCUUGGGAGUGGAUUACAAUGAAGCCGCCACCCAGCUUGAAAACAUAUACAAGCUAAGCCCAGCAUCUGAUGCUUCUGAUGUGGAAAAUGUUGUAGGUGGCAUGAUGAGAAAAAGCCAGCGGAGGAGGAAGAUUAGUGGAGGUGAUGAAAAAGCAGAGAGGAGAACCGGCUAUAAUGUGAUUAAGAACCAAACAAAGAAGGUUAAAAGGUUGAGUCUUGAUAAAAGGAUUGCGUUGAAAAAGAACGAGGAAGAUAAAGUGGUUGCUCCAAUGCGGAAGAGGAAAGAUGUUAAGGAUGAAAAUGUGAAGAUUGAGCAGCUUGUAAGGGAGUACUCGGCUUCAACUGAUUUGGUUAGUUUGGACUGGAAAAAAAUGAGGAUACCUCCAGUUCUUCCUUCUUCUGAACAUGCUUGGUUGUUCAAGUUGAUGCAACCUAUGAAGGCACUCCUUCAAGUGAAAGAGAAUUUGCAAAAAGAUUUGGGGAGAGAACCAACAGAAGGCGAACUAGCUGAAGCAAUGAAUAUGAAAGUAGUUCAAGUACAAAAACGCAUGGGGGUUGGUCGAGCUGCAAGAAACAAGCUCAUUAAGCACAAUCUCCGGCUCAUUUUGUUUGUAAUCAACAAGUAUUUUCAAGACUUUGCAAAUGGCCCAAGGUUUCAAGACCUUUGCCAGGCAGGAGUGAAGGGACUUAUUACAUCCAUUGAUCGUUUUGAACCAAAAAGGAGAUUCCGGCUCUCCACUUAUAGUCUUUUUUGGAUUAGGCAUGCCAUUAUACGCUCCAUGACACUCUCAAGCUUUACUCGUGUUUCUUUUGGCCUCGAAUCGGUUAGAGUAGAAAUCCAGCGAGCCAAGCUUGAGUUGUUGUUUGAGCUUCAUAGAUUACCAACAGAGGAAGAGAUAGUAAAAAAAGUUGGUAUCUCCCCUGAGAGGUAUCAUGAAGUUAUGAAAGCCGCGAAACCUGUUUUCUCUCUUCAUUCAAGGCAUGCAAUCACACAAGAAGAGUACAUUAAGGGGAUCACUGAUGUUGAUGGUGUUGGAGCUGAUAACUGGAGGCAACCUGCUCUUCUCAGGCUUGCUCUUGAUGAUGUGCUUGAUUCUCUAAAGCCCAAGGAGAGCUUGGUAAUGAGGCAAAGAUAUGGGCUUGAUGGUAAAGGUGAUAGAACAUUGGGAGAGAUUGCUGGCAACUUAAAUAUUUCAAGAGAAAUGGUUCGGAAGCAUGAAGUCAAGGCUUUACUGAAGCUCAAGCAUCCAGCUCGAGUGGAUUAUCUUCGCCAACAUUUAGUAUAAACUGAAUACAGCAUCAUAUACGUCUCUUGUAUAACUCUUUCCCUCUCAUGGUUUUCUGCUUACCAAAUCCUUCUGUAUACUUGGUCUCUGUAUUAUAUAUACUCUUUUAACCACCCAAACCAUUGUAACAACCAAAAAAGAAAAAGGAAAAAGGAAAAGGAAGCUAGAUAAACGAAAAGAAAGCCAUGUAUAAAUGAAAUGUGUACUAUUUGUUUUCACAUUAUAUCAAUGUGAUGAAAAUUAUAGAGUGGCGGUUCUAA